ACUACUAGAACAAUAAUCCCAUUACCACUAGAACGAGAAUUCCAUUUCUACUAGAACAAAUAAAUCAUUGUUUCAUUCAGAGACUAAUAAUUCUAUUAUAAAUAUCAACCUUCACUUCUCCAAAAUCUCAUUCACUCAAUACUCAAUAUCUUUCUCUUGUCUUCAGUCGCAUAUAUUUUCUUUUCAUUCUCUAGUCAAAGAUGGUGCACGUGGAUGCUAGGUUCGUGGUCGGUGUGGUUGGAAAUAUCAUCUCUGGCGGGCUUUUUCUCUCUCCAAUACCUACAUUCAUACAAAUAUGGAGAAAAAAAGAUGUGGAAGCUUUCGAUCCAAAACCUUACCUUGCAACAGUGUUGAACUGUUUGUUAUGGUGUUACUAUGGAUUGCCAUUUAUUAAUCCAAACAGCAUUUUAGUUGUCACCAUUAAUGGAAUUGGGCUACUUAUAGAGCUUAUAUAUCUGGGCAUAUUCUUCUAUUAUGCUUCAGCAAAAGGACGAAAGAGGGUUGCUACAUACUUUGUAUGUGAACUGGUUUUCUUUGGGGCUGUUGUGGCUGCAACUAUGUUGGCAAUACCCGAGCAUAAGAUGAAGAUGAAUCGACAUUUGAGGGCUGUUGUAGUUGGUAUUAUCUGUGACUUUUUCAAUGUCCUCAUGUAUAGCUCUCCUCUAUUCAUCUUGAGAGAUGUCUAUAAAACAAAGAGUGUGCAAUACAUGCCAUUCUCACUCUCGGUUGCUAACUUUCUGAAUGGUUGUUGCUGGACUUCCUAUGCUCUUAUUGGAAAAGUGGACUACUUUAUUUUGGUUAGCAAUGGUCUCGGUGCAAUCGCUGGAGUAAUUCAAUUGAUAGUUUAUGCAAUAUACUACAAACCUACACCAAAAAAUGAAGACCCCGCUGACAAGGCUACUAAUGAAGUGCAACUCGCAACUAUUGUCUAAUUAUCAUAUAUCCAUGUAUUAAUAAUUGCUCAAUUUUUUUGGCCGUUAGUUUAGUUUUCAUGUUUAACAAGUAAUAUUUAGUUUUUUUUAUUAAAAAAAAAUUUCUAUUGUUUCAAUUUUGCUAUUUGUUAAAACAUGCUUCUAUACUCCUUAUAUCUAAAACGAAUUAAACUUCAUCCUUAAGUUUUGCAACGCAUGCAACAUGUAUAAAUCGCAAUAAAUUCUCAAUACCACAGUUUCACCAUGUAUAAUUUUGCCUUGAUAUAUAUGUCCUUUUAUAGAGGUACCUUUCCACCACUUGAUUACAGGUGUCCAUCUUUUUUUUUUCUUUAUAAAUAAAAAAAGGGUAAGAAAAAGAAAAAAGAAACCCUUUUUUUAUUUUUAUUUUUGUCUAAGAAACCUUUUUCUUAACCCAAGUCUUUACAAAGUAUUAAUCAUCACCCAAAAUUCAUAUAUUGUAACCAAAAAAAAAAAAAAGGAGACCCAAAUUCAUACAUAAAAUAUUACCCUUUCUUAGUUCUCUGUGAGACCCACUUUAAGCAACUUCCCUAUCCCUCUCAUCUCAUAUCUGUUUCAUUUCAGAACCAAAAGCAUCUCUAUCUCCAAAAGCAAAAACUAAUUAUACACGAUGAUGACCCAAAGAAGGCACAAAAGCCUAGUCGGAAAAAAAAAAAAAAAAAAAAAAAAAAAAAAAAAAGGCACAAAAGCAAAAGAAAAUGAGCGAAACCACAUUAACAAAAAACCCAAAAAACAACCAAAAAGAAAAAGAGCAAAGAAGAUUCUUGAUGUCAUUUCUGUUGUUUGUUACAAAUCACAAAUUUCUCUUUAUACCACAUCCAAUGGCUGAGAUCUACAUCCUUUCCAGUAGUCCCCACCACACAUUAUUACAACCCCCCAUCCCAGAUCUACACCUUGUGUCC